CUUGCAUGCACACAGGUUUCGGGGCUUCGGCAGCGGUCGGCAAGCGUAGGAUGGACUACUACCGCGUGAUGAACCUGACGCGCAAUGCGACGCAGAAGGACAUCAAGCGAGCGUACCUCAAGCUCGCCCGGCAGCUGCAUCCUGACGUCAAUGGCAACGACCUCGAGAAGGCGGCGCUCUUCAAGAAGGUGAGCGAGGCCAACUCGGUGCUCUCGGACCCGGCCAAGCGCGCAGAAUACGACAACCGCUUCUCGUACCGUGACCGCGGCGAGACGCACUACUCGCCGAAAGGCCAGACCAGCGCGCGGGCGUCUGCACCACGCGGCAGCCAUUACGGUAUCAACGAAGACGUGUGGUAUGCACACCACUAUGGUGCCCACGCGCAGCGCACGAGCCGCUGGACGGGCAAGAUCCACAUGAACUACGGGUCGCACAUUCCCGAAGAGAUGUUUGAGCGCGAAAUGGAGAGCAUUCGACGACGCGAAGCCACGAGCAAGAUUCAGAACGGCUACAUGCUGCGGCGAGAACUGCGGCUCAAGAAGCAAGCCGAGGAAGAAGCCGCCAAGCGAGCAAAGGCGCCGUCACAGACCGAGACCGACGGUUGUGUCAUUUCGUAGCCAAAAGAAUCGAGUCGUUGAACAAUAGCGCGCUCGGGCUAGGGUCCAUAGCCUAGCGUCCGGACGUUCUUGAUGCUUGCGUGUGCGACCAAGAAGUCACGGAGCGUCCUUUGUCUUGGAGAUUGCAU